CUAUAUUUUAUAUACGUUACAAUGGCGCGCACCUGCCGUUGCUAGGAUAAUAAUGAAAUCGUGAGGACGAAAAUACAGCAAAAAAUAAAAGGAAAAUGACGGACAUUCUAUGUAGAUGGCUCAAUGAUGAGCUGAAAAUAUCACAAGUAGCAGAAUCAACUUCAUUUGAGAGAGAUUUUGCCUCAGGGUAUCUAAUUGGAGAAGUACUUCAUAAGUAUCAGCUCCAAGAUGACUUCGAUAAAUUUUCACAGAGCAAAACUGCAGAUUCAAAGCUCAACAACUUUACAAGGAUUGAGCCCACUCUGCAUUUGCUCAGCAUCCCAUUUGAUACAAAUCUUGCAAGAUCCAUCAUGACAGAAACACAUGGUGUGGCCACACGACUUAUGUAUCAACUCUAUAUUGCCCUCAAUAAUAAGAAGAAGUCAAACCUCACUGGUGUUGCUAUAGAAACAAUGAGGCCUGCUGCUCCUGCUAAAUUAGGGGUUGUUGAAUCUGGAAUUUACAAAGAUCGAUUGAAACAUGUCACACCACGUCAAAGUGACCUUGAACUACAAGAUGUUUUUACAAGAUUUCAUGAGAAACAGAUUGAGAUGGAAAAAGUGGCAUUUAAAGAGAGAUUUCUCGAACAGGAGAGAAUAAGAGAACAACAACAGAAAGAGAGGAAACUCUUACUGGAACGAUCUAGAGCUAUGAAAUUAAAGCAAAGUGAAAUGGUGGCUAGAAUACAGGCAGCAACAGUUCAAAUUCCCAAACCUCCUCCCCAGAAGACAUUGAGAGCAAUGGAAGCUAGAGCUACAGGAAGGAGAAGGAAAGUUGCUGAGGACACUAUUAGAGAGAUUGGUGACUUUGAAGAGAAGAUGAAAAUGGUUCUACCACCAACAAAGGAUGAAGAUGAUGAAGGUAUUGGUAUGGAGUAUAUAAUGGGUAGAGAUGAUGAGAAAAGUCAACUAGAGUCUAUAGAUUUAAUAAAGCCAGCCUCUAAUGAUGAGUACAUUGGUAAGAUCAGGAAACGAUUACAGGAAGAUUCCUCCGCUAGAGCUGAGAGAGAAAAAAGACGAAGAAAAGUUCUUGUUGACCAGAUUAAAGCUCAUGAAAGCCAAGAGGAAGCUCAUAGAGAAGAGAUGUUAGUGAACCGGUUGAUGAGACAGUCACAGCAGGAACGUAGAAUUGCUGUACAACUACUACAGACAAGGCAUGAGAAGGAGGUUAUACGUAAAAACCGAAUCAUGCGAGAACAGAUGUAUGAGGAGAGAAGAUUGAAAGACUUUGAAGAGGCUCUUAACAGGGAACAGGAAAUGGCAAGGUUGUCGAAACAAGAGUAUGAGGAACAGACAAGAAAAGAUAAAGAGCUUCAUGAUAAGAUUGCUGCUGAACGUGCUGAAGCCAAGUAUCGUAAACAUUAUGAGAUGUGCCAGGGAGUCGUUGACCAGAUUGUUGACUUUACUUGUAAAGUAACAGAAUAUAGGGAGCUUACAAACAAAUUAGUACCUGCCAAACUGAUGAGAGAAUGGCGUGCCCAGUUUGAGGCUGGUAUCCCACUGUAUGAGAAGGUGGAAGUAGAGGAACCAGUGGAACCAACUGCCUCACAAGUUCUAGAGGAGGAGAGACAGAACCUGCUAGAUGAGGGAGAUUUCAUAGAGUAUAAGAACAUGGUAGGAGAAUGGCAGCCACCGGAAGGUUGUGAGAUAUCCGGUCCACCAAGAGACAAUCCAGUUGUAGGUCAUGUGGUACAGAGGUUACUCAACAUGGUCUAUCCUCCUUCAACACCUCCACCUCCUCCAGAGUUCCCUCCCUUCCCUAUACGAGCCUGUGUACUUGGUAAAGCAUUUGCUGGAAAAUCAUCUUGUAUUAGAAGUAUAGCUGCUGAACAUCGACUACAGUUGCUCAAUGUAGAUGAACUUGUUAAUGAGGCUAUUGAAGCUCACAAAGCUGGAGAAAUUAUGGAAGUUGUUGAGGAAGAAGAGGAAAAACCAGUAGAGAAGCCACCCUCAGCACUACAAAAGGAAGGGGUACCAGGAGAGGAGACCCCUGCAGAUAACCAGCCAAGUGUGACAGAAGGCCAGGAACCAAAAUCAGAUGAGAACCAGCCAGCUGAAAGUCAGUCAGCAGAGAACAAGACUGGUGAUGUACAGCAAGAAGCAUCAAAAGAGGAGCAGUCUGCUGCCAGGAAAACACCUAGUAAACCAAGACUACCUAAACAACAGCCAACACCAAGAGCUAAACUAGGAUCAAAGGCAUUUAAGUCUCUAAAGAAAGGUCAACCAGUAGAUGACCAAGUUCAAGCUGAUAUUCUGGUAGAGGCAAUCAGACGCGUACCUGAAGGGACAGGUUGGGUGAUUGAUGGAUUCCCACUGAACUAUAAUCAAGCUAAGAUGUUAGAGAAGGCACUCAGUGGUUUUGAUGCUGCUGCUAAAGAGGGCAAAGGCAAAGCACCCAAGUCCAAGAAAUCUGUAUUGGCCCCUGAUCCGAGACCAUCCCCAGUACCAGCUGACCCUGCCAGUGGUUUAGAUGUUGUCAUUUUGUUUGACAUAGCUGAUGAUCUGUGUCUGAAGAGAGCUGCUGGAAGAACAAAGGCUUUACUAGCCGACAAGGACUACCAGCAGGAGUUCAAUCCACCACCAGAGGGCAGUGCUACAGGAGUUGGUAAGCAAGAGAAAGUGGUAGAGGUUGAAGAUCCAGCUCAUGACCAGGAACAAAUACAGCAUAGAGUAACUGGUUUCCUUGACAACUGGCCCAAGUUGGAGAAAUGGUUCUCUAAGUUUGGUACCUUGCAGAAGGUUGAUGCCACACAAGAAUCUAGAUCUGUUCAGUUGGAAGUUGAAAAAAUACUGGAAGACACUCUAAAUAGGCUUCAAGGUAAAGAUUUAGAGAGCUCUGCACAGCCUGAGCAGACAGAAACAGUUGAAGAGAAAAAAGAAGAGCCACCAGCACCCCCACCAGAGCCACCUAAAACACCACCUGUUGAAGAGGAGAAGAAAAGUAGCAGACCUUCUUCUAGAAAAGGAUCUGGAAAGAAGGGAUCUAGGUCAUCCUCUAAGGAGUCUCGUAGUAAAUCUCCUAAAGACAAAAAAAGAGACAAAAGUGGCUCACCUAAACGAUCAGCUGGUAGUAAAGAUAGUGCCAAAAAGAGUAGAGGUUCAUCACCAAAAUCAAAGAAGGGAUCAGGAAAGAAAGCCAAAACCCCAGAGCCAGAACCUGAGCCUGAACCCGAAGUGCCAGCAGGACCACCACCACCAGAGCCAGGCUCCGAGGAAUGGGAGUUUGUUGAUCAGUUCAUUAAUCAGAAUCUGGCUAAAGUAUUGGCUGACCACUGGGAACAUGUUGAGAACAUGUACAUCAAAAAUGGGAAGUUUGUCUUUAGAAAAGUCAGAGAUGAAAGAGAGAAUAUCUAUAGAUAUUUCUUCCAGAUUAGGAAGGAUUUCUUGGCAUAUUUGAGAAGACCAGACCACAAACAAGAAUUUGUUUCACAGUUCCAAAAGGAGUAUAAUGAGAUACCUGAUGACAUGAGGGAUGAUGAUGAGACAAAGAUGGAGUUACAUCAACGUGUUGAUGAUCUCAGAGAACGUCUCUGGAACAUCUGUGAUGAACGUAAAGAACAGGCCGAGCAUGAACGUGAGACAGUGAUGAAUGAUGGAUGGCUGGAUGAUAGACUUGGUGUACUCAGUAACUUUUACAUUACUCUGAUGCAAGCAGAGGUAGAUAGGUUCCAGGAUACAGUUAGAAUGAUGAAAGAUUAUUACAGGGGAAUGGAGGGAGAAAUACCUGAUGAGCUUAAUGCUAACUACAUUAGACUGCCACUGAUUGAGCUGCCUGUUGAGAGGCCUGGUUCCCCUGAAAAAUCUCCAAGUGAAGGUCAGCAGACACCAUCUCCUGAUUCCAGACCAGGUACCGGAAAAUCUGAUAGAUCUAAAUCACCUCGCUCCCCUAAAGGUAGUCGUAGUAAAUCACCAAGGGAAAAAUCACCCAAGGGAAGUAAAUCAAGGUCAAGGACACCUUCAGCCAAGAAAAGAGAUAAAAGUAAGGAAAAAGACAAGCCAGCUGAGGUUCAAAAUCUUCCAACUGAAGCAGGAAAAAGCUCGAUAAUAUUUGGACGUUAUGAUGAUAUAGACAGUGACGGUGAGGGAGUUCAAACAGGAAGGAUUCCGCUGGUUCCCCGGCGACCAACAUCUGCUGAUGAGAACCUGAAAGCGGCUGCAGCUUCUAAAUCUAAAGACAAGAAGAAAAGAGAGGAAGGUUAUGAGAGUCCAGUACCACCUGAAGAUCCUGAUGAGAAACUUAUCUUUAAUGCAUUCCAUACUGGACUCACUAAUCUUUCAAAUAUUAUGUCAGCAGAGGAGGCUGCUAGAGAAGCUGCUGAUGAGGCUGACAGGUUAAAGGAGGCCGAGAAACAGAAAGAACUUGCUCUCGCAGCUGCUGCAGCCAAAACUAAACCUAAAGGCAAGGGCAAGAAGAGUCGAAGUCCUUCACCAAAGAAAGGUGGAAAGAAAGAUGAGACAGCCUCUACACCACAGCCACCAUCAGAACCAGAAUCAGAAGAAGAUAAACAGAAGAAGGAUGUAAGGGAUCGUAUGAAACAGGAAUAUUUCUUUUCUAUCCAGGAGGAGGAACAAGCAUGUAAGAAAAGAAUGGAGCUAAUCAAAAUGACUGCCACUGCUGUAUUACAGGACCUUAAAAACAAGGCGGACAAUGCCUUUAAGGACAUGAAUGACUGGCUAGGUGCUAGAUAUCUGAAAGAAAUGGAAAGUAUUGAUCAUAUGUCAGAGAUAGUGAGGAACGCCAUAGAGAAAAGACUGAAAAUCAAACAACAGCUUGUACUACAACAACAAGACUUCCUCCUUAAUGAGGACCUAGCAGUUUUGAAGACCCCUACACCACUACCACCAGAAAAAGAGGUAGAGCCAGUAACUUCAGACUGCUUCACUGUAGCACAACUUAUGAACUUAUUCUCACAGUUUGCAACUACUGCACCAACUGGUGUGAUGUCAAACAGGGCAUUUAUGGAGACAUUUGAGAAUAUGGUAGCAGUUACACAUGGUAUGGAACAACUCCCUGAAGUCUGGUUGAAUAUCACUCAACAACAGAUACAAGAUAUAGCCACUGGUUCCUCAUCAGAUAAUGAAUAUGUAGACUGGAGACGGUUCCUGAUAGCUCUAGCCAUGCCGGUACCCGUACCCAGCCAAACUGAACUACUCGAGACUCUAGCCAGGUUCAAGGAUAUGGACCAGAAAUCUACAGGCUUUGUUACCAGGGAACAAUAUGAUAGGAUGAAUCUAUGGUUCAGUACAGAAGAUGAGAGUUGUGCAAGAUUGGCAAUGUUGAAGGCAGCAUUAUUUGAUAUAUUUGCUGAUCACAACAGAACUCCACCUGUUGUAGAUUAUGUAGGCAUGCUGCUGUAUUUUAGUGCUACAAGUAAUGCCCAGGAAGGUUUAAUGCGGGCUCUCAGUGUAGCGUCAGGUACUCAUAUGCCGAGAUUAUUGAAACCUUUCACCAAGUCUGAUUCUGUUAUCAACAGCCCUGACAUACCGGAUGAUCCUGAUGAUGUAAGUCCACCACCGCCACCUGAAGAUAUCCCAGCUGAAGCAGUAGAUGCUGUAGUACCACUAGAUGCUCUAUAUAGAGUUUUACAUCAUGGUGAAACAGCUAAAGGUGAUAGUCAUAGAUUCUCUGUCACUGCUGACCCAGAGGACUCCACUUCCAGAGAGAAAUUGGCAAGUGUAUACCAGGAGCUAGGUGAUGAUAAUUUAUCUCCAGUACCAUUUAAAGUUCUUGUUGAACAUCCACUUAUACAAGAUGUCAUACAAGCCUGUAAAACAUUUAAAGCUUUGGAUCUGAAGAGUAUUUUGUCAUCUAGUGAUUCCCUCAUUGAAGCAACAAGUACAAAGACUGGAGAAUAAUCUACCAUAUGAGAUCUAUAGUGUGCAAUUAUCACCCAAAACUUUUAUAGGAACAAAAAACAAAAUUUUGUUUGGUUUAAUAUUUUGACUAUACCGAAUUCCAUAAAACUGUCACACAUGUAGACGUUAUAUUUUUAGAAAUGGAUAUAGAUAUGUGAUUGUAUAAAAUGACAAUUUAUAUUAUUUGGAUUUUUUUUAUUUUUGCAUUUACAGAAAAAAAAAGAAUGAAAUUGUGAUGACCAUCUGUGAUACUCUAUUUCUAUAUUUUAUAUGUUUUUUGUUUUAUCAGAUUAAUAAAUAAAUUAACAAGA